UAUAGGCUAGGAGAAAGAGAGAGAGAGAGAGAAAGAAGAAUAGAAGCAUCUUUGUCGCACUUUACUCUAUCUCUCUCUCUUUCUCUCUCUUUUCCUCUCUUUGAGCCACGCUGUCUAGAGGAACGGCUCGCAACGAGGAAUCGAUUUGGAACAAAGCCAGCAGAACGGAGCUGCCAUCACAGCGACUCCUCCACAUGUGGACAUCGCCGUCCCGACUUAGGAUCGGCCGGGCACCCAGGAAAAAGUCGAGUCCCUAAUCUGAACUGGGCCAAUUAUCGCGACCGGUGAAGAAUGGAGCAUCCGGAAGGUUCUAGAAGGAAACUCUCCUUCUUGGGCUUUGGAAAAAGACCAUCGGUGUCGUCGUGCGAUCCUCGGAGCUUCGAGCGUUCGAUGUUAAAUGGUUAUUGACCUACGGCCAUCGACAAUCAGGCCAAUCAGUCCACUCGAGGUCGUCCCGCUUUUCGAAUUCAUGUCAGAGCGCGCAAAUGAUUUUCGUCGCGUGUCAUAGAACGACGACGGAUUAUCCUCAGAGUCCUUCUAUUAAUAGGGUCGACGGGCAUGGCGCGGAAACGGUUCCAGAGCUCGACGAGGAGAUGGAGAAGGUUUUUGCGAUGGACGUCGGAGAAAAAUUCGACGUAGCCCGGCUUGGUUCACCCACGGAAUCGGCAGGCUCCGAUCGUGAUCGUGAUCGAGGACCGCCACGAUAUGGAGACCGUGAUUUUAAUCAACAUCGUAAAAGAAGUUAUCCACAUCCCCAUAUGCCACUAAAGAGUUUGCACUCGAGAUCUAUGAGACGACAUCUUUCACCUGAAGGAUCAACGACGGAGGUUAGUCCAGAGGAGGAGGAGAGAAGUGGUGGACAUGGUAACGAGAUCGACGUAUUGGACAAUGGUCCAUCGUCGACUAACGAUCCCGAAGUCGACGAAGAGGCAACGGAAGAAACCGAGAAUGUAAUUAGCAGUGGUAGCGAGGCACAAAUCUCUGAAAGAGCUGCUUCCGGUUUCAGCGAUGGUUCAACCUCACUUGGUAGUCCAAGAGUACAAUUUGAAAAGAUUCGAGAAGAAGAUGCUAACAAUUUGAAUCAGGAUGAUGAUAAUCAUCAGGCAACAAGCUUAGCUUCUCCACCAACAUCUUCCACAGCUCAUGAAGACGAUCGUAAAUGUCGAAGACAUCAAAAACACGAGCACAAAAGACAUCAUUACAAAUCUAGGAAGUACUCUUUACAAGAGGAUCCACAAUGGAGAAAACGUUCUGGAGCUGGUCUUCCAGAUGGUCCUGGUAUCCUUGCCAGGAGAGUCAGUGUACAGCCCGAGGAAGCGAGUACGCUUCAGGAAUUGGAUAUAGACGAUUUGGAAUCUCACAGGAGCGACGAUCCACGUGGAAUGAGACGCCACAAGGCUGCUCAUUCCACGGUACAGAUUGGACGAAGAAAGGAAGGUGGUAUACCUCAUGAAGCAUUCAAGAAAAUGUAUGAUCAUUCGCCUCAUGAGGUAUUUGUUCAAUUGGAUGAACUUCAUGGCGUCGGUGAGGAACGUGAAUGGAGAGAGACCGCACGUUGGAUCAAAUAUGAGGAAGACGUUGAGGAAGGUGCUGACAGAUGGGGCAGGCCCCAUGUUGCGUCCUUGAGCUUUCAUUCUUUGCUCAAUCUUCGUCGAUGUCUCGAAACCGGUGUGGUACUUCUCGACCUUGAAGAGAAGGACCUACCUGGACUUGCCUAUAGGGUGGUCGAACAAAUGGUGGUAGAAGAAUUGAUUCUUCCAGAGGAUAGACCUGUUAUCAUGAGAGCACUUCUUUUAAAACACAGACACGUGCACGAGCACGAUCGUGGAUUUCGUUUCGGCGGAAAACGCAACUAUUCCAGUUACACCAGUUUACAGUCCAUCUGGCUGGAGGAAGAAGAGGCUGCACGAGGAGCCACUGAAAACCAUGUAAUCCAAAAUAAUUUAAACGACACAAAACCUAAAAUCGUCUCGUCGAACUUGGCUUUGGACAGCAAUCAUACCGUGGUCGACAUAAAAGAAGAAUUAACUUUUACAAGCAGUAACGAGGAUCUUAAAAAGGGACAAAACGAAUACAUCUUGAAAAGAAUUCCAGCUGGUGCAGAGGCAACGAUAGUUCUCGUAGGAGCCGUAGAUUUUCUGGAUCAGCCAACGAUAGCUUUCGUUAGAUUGGCCGAAGGUGUAUUUAUGCCAGCUAUCACGGAAGUAAAGAUACCAGUAAGAUUUAUGUUUACGUUGUUGGGUCCGAGAAAUGCGGAUUUGGAUUAUCAUGAAAUCGGUAGAUCGAUUGCUACCUUGAUGGCAAAUACUUCUUUCCAUAAAAUUGCUUACAAAGCAAACGAAAGAAGAGAAUUACUUUCCGCUAUUAACGAAUUCCUCGAUGAUUCGAUCGUUUUACCACCUGGGGAUUGGGAAAGGCAAGCAUUGUUACCGUUCGACGAAUUGAAAGCAAAAAGCGAAGCUAUUAGAAAAAGAAAAGCUAAGGCUCUCGAAGAGAAGACUAAACCAGUUCAAAGUGAGGCAGCAAUAAAGAAAGCUCUUCUCGCUGGCGAAGAAGAGAAGAAACCACCGGACGAUGAUCCUUUGCGCAGAACACGGCGUCCGUUUGGAGGCAUCAUCAACGACAUCAAAAGACGUUAUCCUCAUUAUCUGUCCGACUUUACCGACGGCUUAAGUUCGUCCUGUAUAGCAGCAGCAAUUUUCAUGUACUUCGCAGCACUCUGUGCCGCUAUAACAUUCGGAGGAUUGAUGAGCGACAAGACACAAAAUAUCAUUGGAAUCUCGGAGACUUUGGUUUCUGGUUCAUGGACCGGAAUAGUGAUGGCAUUGUUUGCCACUCAACCAUUGGUCAUCAUUGGCACGACAGGACCCCUUCUACUGUUUGACGAGAGUCUCUAUAAAUUUUGCAAGGCUAAUGACUUGGAGUUCCUUACUGUAAGAGUGUAUAUCGGUGCUUGGAUGGGAAUAAUAGCUUUAACUAUAGCUUGUGUCGAGGGAUCGGUAUUGGUCAGGUUGUUUACACGUUUCACAGAAGAAAUCUUCACAGGAUUGAUAUCUCUUCUUUACAUAGUCGAAACAUUCAUCAAAUUAUACAAUUAUUUCGUACGUAAUCCAUUACUCGAGGAAUACAACUUUUUGCCAGAUAGCAAUCAAACCCAACCGGUGAACGUGACCGAAAUAAAAAUCAUUUACGAGACAUGGAAUGGUUCGGAGAUCACCGUCCCUUACGAUGACAUGCGAACGCUCAUACCAAAACAAGACGAAGGAGGAACCUUGAUCAAUCAACCAAACACAGCAUUAAUGUGUACGAUACUAUGCUUAGGCACGUUCCUAGGUGCUUAUUACUUACGAAUAUUCCGUAACAGUCAUUACCUCGGCCGUAGCGCAAGAAGAGCUUUCGGUGACUUUGGUGUACCCAUUAGUAUUAUCGUUUUCGUCCUUAUCGAUUAUUUGGCUAAAGUGAAAACAGAAAAGUUAUUGGUACCGGAAGGAUUAAGUCCAAGCGUAGCUGGAAGAGAUUGGUUCGUUUCUCCGGCCGGUGUGACUCAACCUAUUCCAGUCUGGGUUACUUUUGCUUGCGCCAUACCAGCACUCUUGGUUUACAUCCUCGUUUUCAUGGAAACGCAAAUCUCCGAGCUAAUCAUCGACAAGAAAGAACGUAAAUUACGUAAGGGCAAUGGUUACCACAUGGACAUAGUUGUGGUAUGUCUGAUGAACGUCGGUUGUGGAUUAAUGGGUGCUCCUUGGUGCAGUGCAGCAUCAGUACGUUCAUUGACACAUGUAUCUGCAGUUACCAUAAUGUCACGUACACACGCUCCCGGCGACAAGCCACAUAUUGUCGAAGUUAAGGAACAACGUGUUAGCGCGUUACUUGUUGCUAUUUUAAUGGGAGUUAGCGUAUUAAUGGCACCAUUAUUACGGCGCGUACCUAUGUCCGUCCUUCUCGGGGUUUUCCUAUACAUGGGUAUCUCCUCGACAAAUGGCGUACAAUUGUUCGACCGCGUAAAACUUUUCUUCAUGCCCGUUAAACAUCAUGGAACGGCCAAUUACGUUCGUCGUGUCCAAACGUAUAAAAUGCACAUAUUCACAAUGAUACAAAUAUUGUGCCUAACGAUACUGUGGAUCGUGAAGAGUACAAAAGCAGCCCUUGCACUACCGUUCUUCCUAAUACUGAUGAUACCUCUGCGAGCUCAAAUGAGCCACUUCUUUACAGCUGCUGAAUUACGUGCUCUUGAUAGCAAAGGACCGGAACAUGAAAGCACCGAAGACGAGCCUGACUUUUACGAGGAAGCUCCGCUACCUGGUUAGACUGUGCCUUAUUCGACUAUUAUCAUCCGGUGUAUAUUCUCUUCUUAUAUUCGUUCUCUUUUUAAAAAGCUACUCUCUAACACGUGUCUCUCGUAUUCUCCGAGGAGAGAGAAAAAAAAAGGAAAGAAAGGAAAAAAAUGAUAUAAAAAAAAAAACCUCGAAAAAGAAAAAACUAAAAAAAAAAAAGACAAAACAAAAAUUAAUAUUCGUAUAUCCUCCUCUCUCGUGUAUUAUUUAUCAUCUGUCUCUUAAAAAAAAAAAAAAAUAAUAAUAAUAAUAAUAUAAAUAUAUAUAUAUAUAUAUACAUAUAUAAUUCCUAUCAAUAUCGUCUCCGAUCAAUCGAAGAGGAUAAAUUUAUUUUAUUCAAGAAAAGAGAUCGCAAAUAUCAAAGCAAACGAGCUAUAUAUACAUAUACACAUAUAUAUAUAGGGGUCCACGAUGACGAUGGUGAUGAUGAUAAUGAUGAAAAUUAUGAUGAUGAUGAUGAUGAUGAUGAUGAUGAUGAUGAUAUGAUGAUAAUGAUAAUGAUGAUGAUGAUGAUGAUGAUGUUAUUGUUGUAUUUAGAGGAAAGCAAGGUAACUAGAAAUAAGUUGCUAAAGGAGAUCAAAAUUAAGAAAAAGAGCAUGUGUGACUAUUAUUUUAUAUUAAACACAUUGUAAAUAGUUGAUGAACUUAUCGAAAAUAUGCGUCAAACGAUUAAGCAAUGUGAUGAUUAUACGUAUGCAUGCCUAAAUGAAUGCCUUCCCUCCCCCUCGCCCCCCACUCGAGAUAAUGAUAAGAUUAACUUGUCCAAAAUGUUAGAAUAUUAGAUGAAAUGACACCAUCGGUCGCUUCUAAGAAAUAUUUAGAUGCAUCAUUUGUGUAGAAGAGAGA